AUGGAUGAGGAAGGGACUGAUGUUAAUGAGACCAUGUACAGGGUAAUCAUUGGGUCACUGUUUUAUCUCACUGCCAACAUGCCAGAUUUAGUUUUAAGUGAAGGGAUGUAUGCUAGGUUCCAAGCAGCUCCAAAGGAAUCACACUUUAAGGUAGCCAAGCGAAUAUUGAGAUACUUGAAGGGAACACAUGACCUGGUCCUCUUCUACCCUUCUGGUGACUUCUUUGAUUUAAUUGGAUAUGUUGAUGCUGACUAUGCAGGUUUUCUUAUUGAUCAAAAAAGCACUUCAGGCAUAGCGCAUUUCUUAGGGUCAUCACUGAUUUCAUGGGGCACCAAGAAGCAAAAUACAAUGGCUUUAUCUACUGCAAAAGCAAAAUAUGUGGCUGCUGCAUCAUGA